AUGCCCUUCCCCAACAGCUUACUGAGCCCCUCAACAUGGCGCCACGUAGGCCUGGGCCUCACAACCGCCGUCUUCGCGCUCGGCACCCUCGCCCUAAUCUCACCAACAACCGCCGCAGGCGCCCUCGGCGUCGAGCCCACGACCCCAGAAGGCCAUGACAUCAACCGCAAAUCGAUGGUGUUCCUGGGUAUCCGCGAUGUGGCUGCUGCGUCGACGCUGUUGUGGUUCUACGCGGAGGGGAAGACAAGGGAGAUGGGGGUUUUGCUGUCGUCGUGGGUGCUGGUUUGCGUGGUUGAUACGUGGGUUGCGGCGGAGGGGCGGAGGGGGUGGGAGGGGGUUGGGGGGCUCGUUGUGGCUGCUGCUGUGAUGGCGUUUGUUGGGCUGGGGCUGUUUCAGGCGUGA